CCCUGUGGUUUAACCUUCCUCUUUCCCCGAGUGUCUUAUGCACAGCCGGCGACGUCAAGAUUUGCAUUUCUUCCCCGCGCCCCACUCCGCCCCCACCUCUUUGAAAAAACAAAACCCCGGCCUCGCACAGCCCCUGCGGACCCGCGGUAGCGAGACGUGGAGGGGCUGAUUUGUGGGGUGGGAGUCGCUGGCCCACUGCCGUGCUCGGGGCUCGUUAAACUGUCACUCACCCCCCACCCCACUGGGUAAAUGGGGUGAUUAAUGCCUGAUAUAUUGGAGUGGGGAGAGGGCAUUUGGUUGUGUAGCUGAGAAGGAAUUUAUCUCCCAAGAGUGGCUCCUGAAACAGGCGUUCGUAAUUAUGUCAUUCUUCGCGAAGUUAGAGAGAGUUGGGUUUGUGACUUUGGGGAAGCGAGGACAGGACAGAGGCGUUGGUUUUUGUUCCUCUUUAACUCUUUGCCACGGCUCUCGAGUGGGAACGGAGUGCUUGUCACCAGGGCUGCGACACUUGCGCCUCAGGCCCCAGCUCCUUUUCUACCCCUCACCCUCCCCAGAGGCUGUGGGGAUGGAUUUGACGUUCACAGAUGUCGCAGCACCUUGCGGGGCAACGGUCAGCCCAGCCAGUGUCGUCAGCCAUGAGAAAAGAGCCACAAAGGCUGGCUAAAAAGUUCCCAAACUUACUAGAACUGGCUUGCCCUCCCUCCCCCUUUUUCCCUGAAAGGUUUUCUUGUGAUCCUGAACAUUACAGAGUGACCCAAAAACAGAUUGUUAUGGGACACAGAUCAAGGGGAAGACAACGUUCUGCUUUUUUUUGAGCAGAAAGUCAGAUGAGAUAUGCAGGUGCAGCGUUCAUUGUAAUAAAAGUGACUGUAGCAGGUUGUAUCAGUUUAUUAAUUUGUCUCUUUGAACCCAAGUACUUUCCAGGAUUUCAGAAAGUGCGUUUUGAGCUUGUUGAUACUGAGAAUUGAAAUUUGCAUUAACUGGCAGUGUGAGAAAUUGUACUGAGAGGUAGUUGUAGAUAAGUAGUUGAAUAAGAGUGAAAUAAGAAGGUGAACCAGGCUGAAGUAAUAGUUGUGAACAGUCUUCCAACAUUCUGGGACAUGUAUGCCAUUAUCUUCAGCAGAAAGAAAAAAAGAAAGUGCCGGAAUCAUGUCGAAAUGGGACUGGAGAUGUCAAAUGGGUUGGUUUAAAAAUAUCCCUAAGUUGCCUUUGAAACUUCACGUUGGAGUUGAAUAAAAGUGAAUCUGGAUUUCCUGAACAGCACCGUGGCUUGAGUGUGCUGUCAGUGUGUAAGCAAGCCAGUCCACCAACUUCAGACAGAAGUGUCGCGAUUCCAUAAAUACAGUAGAACUCCAUAUGCUGAGUUUUUCAAUUUCUUCUGUUAGAAAGUUGGGGGAAAAAGGGAGACUUUGAAGUAUUUUGUUUAUACUAACAGAAGAGAAAAGUUCUCCUAAGAAAAAGCUGGUGGCAGGAGUGUAAAGGAGUAGCAUAUGGCAUUAAAAGGAGCACAGCUGGAGGUAGCAUUUCCAUCUGAACAUGAUGUCAGAGCAGCUGACAGCCUGCCAUCCCUCAGCCUUUUAUUCUAACACACAGACAGGGAGUUAGUGUGUGCGGAUCUGCGGUGGAGAAGGUAGCUCCUUCCUCCCGAACAUCAUCUCCACUUUGCAUCUGUCUCUCUCAGUCUGCUUUUUUUCCACCGAUGUAACAGACCUGGAGCCAGCAAGACUCAGAGGAAAGGACUUAAUCAGGUUUAUGUGUCCUAAAGGUAGGAAUAGCAGAGAGAUUAGAUUGAGCAUAUUUCUGUUUUGGUGUUUUGUUUAUUUAAUUUAAAAAAUCACAUUACUUUUCUAACCCAGUUUAGGAAUAAUAUACGAAAUUGAGUAUUAAAUGAACAUGUUAUUGGAGUUGAAAGUCUUGGGCUUGUUUAGUUUUGAUUUUUAUCCCUUUUGCUUGAGCGAGUAAAUAACUUUAAUACACAAAAAUAUUUCAAGUUUUGAAAUGUUAAGAAAGGCUUUGAAAUACUGCUUUUUGAGAUCACUUCAGAUUAAAAUGCUCUUUUUGUUGUUGUUGACUGCUAUUUAGAUUCCUUUUGCUUUUGGGGGGGAGAAAUAGUAAACUGUCUGGAAUCCAGCAUUCAAACUUAUAUGAGAAGAUUAUUCUAGUUAAGAAGCUAGACUGUUGUGUAAUUAAUUCCACUGUGAAACUUUAUUCUUGAAAACAUUCAGCAGCACGACUGAAACAUACAGCUGUAGUGCUUUUGAAACCGAAGGUUUUUCAAAAAGACCAAAAAAAAAAAAGAAAAACUUUUGUCCCCAGGAGAAUAGUUUGACUGGUUUCCUCAUUUCUCUUUCAAAUAUAUAUUUAAGAGAUCUUUUAUUUCAGCAUAACAAUAAUUAUUUGCAGGAGUUUUUGUGUUAGCGACUAAUUUAGAACUUGUAGAUUUGAGCUGCCUGAAUUGGCCAGACAGCUGUAAUCGCACUCCUCUAUUCUUAAUCUCUUUAUCUGGGCAGCAGCUGCCAUAUGGCCACAGUCAGCUGGAUCAGAUGUUUAUAAGCUUCCUUCUUCGUCCCUCUCUGUCCUCUCAGCCUCCUAAUUUGAUCUCGGCUACCUUGUGAGCUGCCCUCCAAUCUUUAUUUUUAGCCCUCUCAAGGAUUAGGAUUGAUGUUAGCUGUGGGGCACUUAAAGUGAUUGUAUUGUAAAUCUUGGUUUAUUCUAACAGUGGCAUCUUGCAGAAUGUAUUUGGGGUUAGGAUGAAAGUUUCAGUCCAUCUUGGGCAAAAUGUAGAAGAAGCAGGGAAGGAAUUUCUGAAUAUUAAAUUGAUGUGUAUCCAUUCCCCCAGUGCACUUUCUGAGACGGUUGGUGUGGAACCUCGCUUCUGGUCACAGGAAAGGGGAAGUCGGAUUGUCUUUAUUUUUAAGGAGUUGAAUUUUGACCCUUCGUGCAUCUUCUACAUCUUUGCCUUUCUUCUUUCCUUUCCCUCUCCUUCACCAGAAACCAAGGGCAACAAUGCAUAUUUGCAAGAAUAGAAGCUAGUGGGAAAACAAAAUAUAUCAAGUUAUGUUGAAACAAAGUAUUUUCUGUUGACUGAGGUAAGGCAGAGUCAGAAAAAAAAUAGUUUCUCUUUUCCUAGUGAGGCUUUUUUUUUUUUUCCUUUUUGAUGUUGAAUCUGUAAAGCUUUUGAGUUUCAUUUGAACGUGAUCUGCCUUUAUUUUAAAAGUUUGAAUUAAUUUUAAUAUGGAACUCAUUUUGCUUUGCAAUGGAUCAAAGUUUAGAUGAGAAUUUUCAGAGUUAAAUAAAGCCCUUCUGGUUCCUAAUAUUCUAGAUGUACAGAUUUUACAAAGAAGUAUAGCCAUUUUUUUCUCAAUUCAUUUAAAAAAAAUAUUUGGAUUUGUUCAUAGUAAAGAUGAUCUUUUCCAUCUGUUGGUGUAGUUCCUUCUGAUCUCGUACAUGUGUGCUCUACCUGCAAAUCUUAAGGCAUUAACAUCUGUUUUUAUACACAGGGCUUUUGUUGUUGUAACACUCUGACUUUAAAAGUUAUGAAGACAGCAUGGAGUUUCCAGACCAUAGCAGACACUUGCUGCAGUGUCUGAGCGAGCAGAGGCAUCAGGGUUUCCUUUGUGACUGCACUGUUCUGGUGGGAGAUGCCCAGUUCCGCGCGCACCGAGCUGUACUGGCUUCAUGCAGCAUGUAUUUCCACCUCUUUUACAAGGACCAGCUGGACAAAAGAGACAUUGUUCAUCUGAACAGCGACAUUGUUACAGCCCCAGCUUUCGCUCUCCUGCUUGAAUUCAUGUAUGAAGGGAAACUCCAGUUCAAAGACUUGCCCAUUGAAGACGUGCUAGCAGCUGCCAGUUAUCUCCACAUGUAUGACAUUGUCAAAGUCUGCAAAAAGAAGCUGAAAGAGAAAGCCACCACGGAGGCAGACAGCACCAAAAAGGAAGAAGACGCCUCGAGUUGUUCGGACAAAGUCGAGAGCCUCUCGGACGGCAGCAGCCACAUGGCGGGGGAUCUGCCCAGCGACGACGACGAAGGGGAAGAUGAAAAAUUGAACAUCCUGCCCAGCAAAAGGGACUUGGCCGCCGAGCCUGGGAACAUGUGGAUGCGACUGCCCUCAGACUCCGCAGGCAUCCCGCAGGCUGGCGGGGAGGCAGAGCCGCACGCCGCAGCAGCUGGAAAAACAGUAGCCAGCCCCUGCAGCUCAACAGAGUCUUUGUCCCAGAGGUCUGUCACCUCCGUGAGGGAUUCGGCAGACGUUGACUGUGUGCUGGACCUGUCUGUCAAGUCCAGCCUUUCGGGAGUUGAAAAUCUGAACAGCUCUUAUUUCUCUUCACAGGACGUGCUGAGAAGCAGCCUGGUGCAGGUGAAGGUGGAGAAAGAGGCCUCCUGUGAUGAGAGUGAUGUUGGCACUAAUGACUAUGACAUGGAACGUGGCACUGUGAAAGAGAGUGUGAGCACUAAUCACAGGGUCCAGUAUGAGCCGGCCCAUCUGGCUCCUCUGAGGGAGGACUCGGUCCUGAGGGAGCUGGAGCGCGAGGACAAAGCCAGCGACGACGAGAUGCUGACCCCCGAGAGCGAGCGCGUCCCGGUGGAGGGCGCCGUGGAGAGCGGCCUGCUGCCCUACGUCUCCAGCAUGCUGAGCCCGGCCGGCCAGAUCUUCAUGUGCCCGCUGUGCAACAAGGUCUUCCCCAGCCCGCACAUCCUGCAGAUCCACCUGAGCACGCACUUCCGCGAGCAGGACGGGCUGCGCAGCAAGCCGGCCGCCGACGUGAACGUGCCCACCUGCUCGCUGUGCGGGAAGACGUUCUCGUGCAUGUACACGCUCAAGCGCCACGAGCGGACCCACUCGGGCGAGAAGCCCUACACGUGCACGCAGUGCGGCAAGAGCUUCCAGUACUCGCACAACCUGAGCCGCCACGCCGUGGUGCACACGCGCGAGAAGCCGCACGCCUGCAAGUGGUGCGAGCGCAGGUUCACGCAGUCGGGGGACCUGUACCGGCACAUCCGCAAGUUCCACUGCGAGCUGGUGAACUCCUUGUCGGUCAAGAGCGAGGCGCUGAGCCUGCCCGCCGUCAGAGACUGGACCUUAGAGGACAGCUCGCAAGAGCUCUGGAAAUGAUUUUAUAUAUAUAUAAAUAAUAUAUAUAUGCAUAUAUAUAAAUAGAUCUCUAUCUAGGUGUGGUACGGUCUAAAAGCAGUCUUGUUUCCCAGAACUAAGAAGUUGGGAUAUUAACUUGUUUUUGCACUUUAGAAUAGCAUGAGAAUCUCACUAAUUUAGCAUUCUGAUAAAAGAAACUUUAGCGCAAGUCGGAGAAUAGAGAGGUGUUUUUCUUUCGAGGGGGUAGGGGAAGUAGGCCAAUGAGAACCUUUGAAACGAAUCGUCCUAUCACAAAAGGCUUUCACAGGGCUUCGUUUUGUCAACAUUGCAUUGUCUUUUGAGCUCUUUUUUUUUCUCCCCACUUUUUUUUUUUUUCUUUUUUAAAGUAGAAAUUCCCUCCAGUUUUAUUAGCCUCUUUCUAUGUCUCAAAUUGCAUGAAUCUUUUCUGGCUGUUGGAAACCUGAAUGCUUUUAGACCCAAAUGGAAAAUUUCUGAAAUGCUGGAUUAUCUAUUUUUAAACAAGCAGUUGACUUAAAACUUUCUGUGGCAACUUCUGGUUUUCUGACGGUUCCCAAUGAGAGAAAUUCUGAGAGUACACUGGGAUCGCUGGGACGCUGUCUGUGAAGGUUUGCUUGGGACGAAAAAGGAUAUUGCAGCUUCAGCAGUGUUGAACUGUGUGUUGAAAAUGUGAAUUACUGUUAUUGUAUACUGUAAUUGAUUACAUGGGCUGGGGGGGGUCAAAGAACUUGACAGGUUGUGUUGAUGCUCUUAGUUGAGUCUUGAAAAGUAAAUAUUAACGCUACAGAAAUGCAUGAGUUUCAAUAUAUUUUUUGUCUUUGUUUGCAUUGUAUAACUUUAACGAGUGAGUUUAAAAUUAUUUAAUUUCCUUAGAAAAAAAUAGCACCAUUUGGAAAAAAACUGGUGUUAUGAAGAACGUAAAUGCACUGUUUUUAUUUUUAUUUUAUAUAAUUUAAAUUGACUUUCCCACUGUCUUUAAGUUGAAACUGUUAAGCUGAAUAAAAACUUAAGCUGCAGAUUGAUAACUUCGCUACAUAACAAGGAAAAUAUAAAUGUUUACAAACGGCUUCAAGAUUUGCAUGUGCAGUGUGCAUUUAUAACAAACUUCUAAUUGCACAAAACCCAUGCCAGCUCAAAGUUUAGGUGUACACAUUUACCCAGUUGAGCAUUUUUAGAAUAACUACUGCACAAAUUGACAAUAGGUCAUUCUCUCUUUUUUUGCUCCCCUUUUCUUUCUCUCCCCUUCUUCCUUACCCUCCCUCCCCCCCCCGCCCCCCCCCCCCCCAACUCUUGAAAAGAUUCUAUAGACUGAAAAAGCCCCAGGCUGAAAGGGCUGGACUGCCUUGAUUGACAUGGGGAAGGGGGUUAGUAGACUAUGUGUAUCGCGGCAGCAGAGGCUGCAGCCCACCGUGUGGUUUUAAUGACCCAGCACGCAGGGCAAAAGCAUUUUGCACAGUGUUUGUUUUCCUGUCUUGCACUUACAAAUAAGGUCUAUGGGAGUAGCAUGGAAAACGUUUGCUGUUUUUCCCUUUUUUUUUUUUUAAUUGCUUUUGUUUAAAAUUUGAUCGCCUUAACUACUGUAAACAUAGCCUAUUUUUGUGCUUAAGAUACUGAAUGGAAAACUCCAUUGUGUGUUGCUGGACUGUUUUGGAAAUAUUUGGUCAAAUGUGUGUUAAUUUGGCUGUAAUGGCAUUUAAAGCAAACAAACAAACAAAAAAAGCUGUGAAAAUGGCCUUGGAGCAUUAUCUUUAGUUACUUGAAGAGUUUCUAGUUUUUUUUUUAAAAUACAGUUUAUGUUAAAAUAAUUUUUAUUAAUUUAGAAAAGACAAUCAAUGUCUGUGAGAAAACGGACUUUCUUUUGGAUUUAUUUUGUGGUCAUUGUGAGUGAUUGCUUUUUCCUUUUAUUAGUUUCACAUUCUUCCUUUGUUCUAAAACUUAGGCUGACAUCUAGCUUCGACAAUCAUAGUAUGUUUUAUUUUCCUGAGGGGGGAAUAACUUAUAAUGCUGUUUAGUUUUGUACUAUUGGUGUGUUGGUGAAUUUUUAAACUGUGUGCUAACUGCAAUAAAUUAUAUGAACUGAGAA